AGCAACUAUUUUUCUUUCUUUGUAAUCUCUUCCGCAUAUGAUAAAUCUUGAACAUUUAAAAAAGUAAAUUUCCAGCGUGGCAAUGCUCAAAAAGUAAAGAACGAGUCGAUAGUGGAAAAAGGAUGAAAAAAAAGGGAAGAGCAGCAAUUCAAAAUAAAAAAAAGGUAAGCAUUAAAAAAGAAAGAAAGGGUAUAUAAAAACGUAAUGGCUGGCAUAUAGCUAGAAUUGACGGAGAAUCAGAAGAGAAUUGAUCAGUCUCUCUACCUUUCCGCAGCAUAAAAAAAUUGACCAAAUACAGGCUUUAGCUCAUGCCCUAAUUUUCAAUUUCUUUUUAUUGUUUUACACAUGCACUUGUUCUUUCCUCUCUACACCUCUGACCCAUCAAUUUAAAUCUUGCCGGCAGUUAGCCGUCUCUCACUUUUUUAAUUACUCCUCCAUUUAGACCUCUCUUCUUCUUCUUCUUCUACACAAGUAUUCUUCACCUUCAAGAUUCUUUUUAAAUAACCUUCUCUGUUAUUCAUUUGGUUAGUUCUGAACCGUUCGUUAUCAUUCUUCAUAAAUAAGAGUAUCUCUUUUUAACAGAAACAUGAAUUCCUUUUAUCUGUCCACUUGAGUAUUUAUUUCUUGCAUCUGCGAUGAAAAUUCUUUGUAACCCAUUCUUUCUCUUGUUAUUAACCGCUGGUUUAUUGUUUCUGCUACGGGUUCUUUUAAUCAAGACGGGGCUAAUUUUCCUAACCAAGAAAUUGUGGAGAAUAUGUGAAGAAUGGUUUCAUGUGUAUCAAUUCUUCAAAGUACCAGAAUUUAACGAAAGCAUGCAAGACAAUCAACUUCACCGCAAAGUCUCAGUUUAUCUAAACUCUCUAUCUUCAAUCGAGGAUUCUGAUUUCACCAACCUUUUCACCGGCAAAAAAUCCAACGAAAUCAUUCUCCGUCUCGAUCCAAACCAAGUAAUCGAUGAUUAUUUCCUCGGAACUAGAAUUUCUUGGAUUAACGAAGUUAAUUCCGGAGCAACCAGAGCUCUCGUUUUGAAGAUCAGAAAAUCCGAUAAGCGAAGAAUUCUCCGUCCUUAUCUCCAGCACAUCCACACAGUCUCCGACGAGCUUGAGCAAAAAAGAGAAUUGAAGCUUUACAUGAAUAAUCAUCAUCAAAACGGACGGUGGAGAUUUGUUCCGUUUACUCAUCCGUCAACAUUUGAAACAAUUGCAAUGGAAUCUGAUCUCAAAACCAAACUAAAAUCAGAUCUCGAGUCUUUCCUCAAAGCCAAACAGUAUUAUCAUCGGUUAGGUCGUGUUUGGAAGCGAAGUUAUCUCUUGUACGGGCCAUCAGGUACUGGAAAGUCAAGCUUCGUAGCUGCUAUGGCUAAUUUUCUCAGUUACGAUGUUUAUGAUAUCGAUCUUUCAAAGGUUUUGGAUGAUUCUCAUCUUAAAUUGCUGCUUCUGCAAACUACAACCAAAUCGGUGAUUCUAGUGGAAGAUCUUGAUCGCUUUUUGAUGGAUAAAUCAACGGAUGUGAGUUUAUCAGGCGUUUUAAACUUCAUGGAUGGGAUUUUAAACUCUUGCUGUGCAGAGGAAAGAAUUAUGGUUUUUACUAUGAAUAGUAAAGAUCAUAUUGACCCGGCUAUACUAAGGCCGGGUCGGAUCGAUGUCCAUAUCCAUUUUCCUACAUGUGAUUUCUCAGCGUUCAAGUCAUUAGCGAAUAGCUAUUUAGGAGUAAAGGAGCACAAGCUGUUUCCACAAGUAGAGGAAAUUUUCCAAGCCGGAGCGAGUUUGAGUCCGGCCGAGAUUGGUGAACUCAUGAUUGCGAACCGGAACUCGCCGAGUCGAGCAUUGAAGUCGGUUAUCACGGCGUUACAAACGGAAGGUGAUUGUAGAGGGUCUGUGAAUAUCGGGCGGAGAUUGGUCGAAAGCGGGUCAAAAGGAUCAUUCGUGGAGGUUGAAUCGGGUGAGAAUUCGGGGAUAUUUAGUAGAGAAAGUGUCAAUGCAAUUAAAGAUAUCAGGAAAUUGUACGGUUUAUUGAGGUUGAGAAGUAACAGAAAAGAACAGUCGUUGGAUUUGACAAUGGGACAGAAGGAUGGGUGAUCGUACGGCCGGAAACAUUUCGGAUAAAAUAAUUAACCAUUUGUAAGCAUUAAAAGUGGGGCCGCAUGGGGGGGGGAGAAAAUGAUUACGCACGUACAAAGUGAAAACCCAAAUGUUAAUAGAAUAUAGUGUUAGAUUUAGAUAACUUGAGAUUUUGAUGUGUUGCUGGUUUUGAUGCUUUGUUCCCACCGCAAUUAGAAGAAGAAUAUGAUUCUCUCUGAUCAUCUUUUCUUUUUUCAUUA